GAAAGAAGAGAACUGGAAGGGAAAGAAGGAAAUCGGAAAACCGGAUUAGAUGGAAGUGGAAGUGGACGAGAAGAUCCUGAAAGCGGCAGGGGCUGAGUUACUGACGGAUGGACGGCGAGGACUGAGACUCCACGGCUGGGAGAUCGAGUCUCGCAAGCGCUCAAUCCUCAGCUCUUCCUCCCUCCAAGAAUGGGAGGAGAAGCUACAGACGUCUCACCUGCCGGAGAUGAUUUUUGGAGAAAGUUGUUUGGUGCUGAAACACAUCGGUAGUGGCACCAAAAUCCAUUUCAAUGCAUUUGACGCUCUGGCUGGAUGGAAGAAGGAAGGUCUGCCGCCAGUUGAAGUUCCUGCUGCCGCAAAGUGGAAAUUCAGGAGCAAACCUUCCCAGCAGGUGAUACUAGACUAUGACUAUACAUUUACAACGCCAUAUUUUGGAAGUGAAGUGACUGAGAUAGAUCCAGAUAAGCAUGGAAGUGGGGAAGUUUCUGAGAUUAGCUCCGGUCUGCAUUGGGAAGACACUGAGGAGAAGCUUGAUCUUGUUGCAUUGGCACUAAAAGAACCUAUUCUCUUCUAUGAUGAGGUGGUAUUAUAUGAAGAUGAAUUGGCUGACAAUGGAGUGUCACUUCUAAGUGUGAAAGUGAGAGUCAUGCCAAGCUAUUGGUUUCUUCUCCUACAAUUUUGGCUUCGAGUUGAUGGUGUACUUAUGAGAUUAAGGGAUACCCGCAUGCAUUGUGUUUUUGACAAGAAUGCUGACCCUGUCAUUAUCCGAGAAAGAUGUUGGAGAGAAUCCACAUUUCAAGCUUUAUCUGCAAAAGGGUAUCCUACUGAUUCUGCUUCAUAUGCUGAUCCGAGCAUCAUCAGCCAGAGACUACCUGUCAUCAUGCAUAAGACUGAAAAGCUUAGAAUCUCCAGUAAUUUGUAAGGUUCUGAAAUGUUUUUGUGUGACUAAUUCAAAUUAUCUGUAUGUUGUGGUCAUAGAAAAUUUUAAUCUAGUCUGUUGGGUUAUAUUCACCGAUCGAUAACUUUGUUCCAAUUUUUUCUUGUUUAAUUUUUUAUGUAUUCAAUAAAUCAUUCUUGAAAAG